AAAAUUUAGUCAGUCUUACGCGCGCACUGCUGCGCUUCGUAUCAUUACAGUCAUUGAUUUGUAUUUUUUUUUCCCUCCCAAACACAAUUCACUUAUAUAUAAAUAGUGUAAUAUCACAUCGAGAAAUCUAUAAUAAUACUAAUAAUAUUAAUAAUAAAAUAAAGAAAAACAAACACAUGACAUUUUUGGGACUAAUAUUUUCACUAAAUAUUUGAACAUAAUCAAUCUUUAUUUCGUCUGGAAGGCCAAUCGAUUUUACUUUUGAACACAGAUUUGAUAAUUAUCUGAUUGAAAAAUGUCAGAUAUUGAGGCAGACGAUGAGUUUCAAGAUGCUGAAGAAUAUCCAGCUUCAUCUACUUCUAUGGAUUUAGAAACAGCUAUUUCGGAAUCAAGAAAGGCAAUUUAUUAUUUCUUUAAUAAUGAUUUUGAUCAAGCAAAAAAGAUUAUGGAACCAUGGGCAAACAGUAGCAUGUACCAUUCCUUAGGUACAAGCGUCUUUGCAUUUUUAGAAGCUAUACUGACAUUUGAACAAAAGUACAUAGAGAAAGCAUCUGAAGCGUUAAAACAAUGUAUAAAUGUCUGUUCAAAACAUCGCAAAUAUACUUCAAUUACACAAAACAUUGGAAAAAUGGUUAAGAAGACCAAUUACGACGCUUAUACAAUUGAGGAAGUGCAUGCAGAACUCUGCUAUGCUGAAUCACUUCUUUUAAAGUCGAUGCUCACAUUUGUGGAGGACGAGACUCUGGUCAGUUUUGUCAAGGCUGGAUUGAAAAUUCGUACCUGCUUUCUAUCGUACAAAGAAUGCUUAACAAUUCUAAAUAAUCGUAAAUGGGAGAAUGAAAUACAAAAACUUCACUUUGAAAGUGGAGUACGUAUGGGUAUUGGCACAUUUAAUUUGAUGAUUUCUUUAUUACCUCCUCGAAUUAUUAAAUUACUGGAAUUUAUUGGAUUUUCUGGUGAUAAGGAUUACGGUAUUAGUGAAUUAGAAGCAGGAUUUAAAGAAAGAAGAGGUCUUCGUCAAAUAUUGUGUGUAAUGACAUUACUAAGUUAUAAUUUAUAUGCUUGUUUUAUAUUAAGUCAUGCAGAUGGUAAUUUAGACUGGUGUCAGGAAGCAUUAGAGGAAGAAUUAAAUUCUUAUCCAAAUGGUGUAUGGUUCCUUUUCUUUAAAGGAAGACUUGAGUUAGUAAGAGGAAAUAUUGAAGAUUCCAUAGAAUGGUAUAAAAAAUCUUGGAGGAGUCAAAAUAUUUGGCCUCAAUUUCAUUGUGCUUGUUAUUGGGAAUUAAUGUGGGCUCAUUGUAUUAAACAACAAUGGGACGAAGCUGCUGAUUAUGCUAAUAAGUUAGCUAACGAAUCAAAGUGGUCUAGAACGAUAUACCUUUACCAAAAAGCUGCAAUUCUUUUAAUGCAAAAUCCAAAUAACGAUGAGAAACAUAUUAUAGAUAAUUUAAUGAUGCAAGCACCAACCUUCAAACAACGAAUUGCAGGAAAAUCAUUGCCAAUUGAAAAGUUUAUUGUUAAAAAGGUAGAACGCUAUUUUGCACAGAAGAAGAAUUUAAUCCUUCCAGUGUUUGAGCUUAUGUAUCUGUGGAAUUUAUUCAGGAUAAUUGGCAAACGAAGGGAUUUAAUUAUAAAUAUGUAUAAAAGAAUUGAGGACGAGGAAAAAGAAUUAAAUUCAUCAAUAAAAACAGAAUUUCAUGCAGACAAUGAAGCACUUAUUCUGCUUUUAAAGGGUGCUUGUCUUCGUCAAAUGGGACAUCACGCAUUAUCUGAGAAUUGUUUAGAACGUGUUAAACAAUUAGAAAAAUCUAUAAAAGAAGACACUUAUCUACUUCCUUAUGCUACCGUUGAACUUGCUUUAUUAGCAGAAGAUCAACAGGAUAUUAAAACUGCAGUUUCAUAUUUGGAAGAUGCGAAAAAAAAUUAUACCGGGUACCUGUUGGAAACAAGAUUACAUUUUAGAACACAUUCGGAUAUUAUGAGAUUGACUGGGAAAAAAUCGGGAGAUCUUAUAUCAAAUAAACAAGAAAAUAUAAUCAAACAGCAACAGAAAGAAAAUGCUAUUAGCACUUUUAUUAAUGACGAGUCAAAUACAGAUAGUAAUGCGAAUGCAAAAUUAAAAAAUAGUCCAAUUGUUACAAGCCUAUAAAAUUUAACAUUUUAUCUAAAUAAUAUGUUUACUCUUCUAUAUAUUUCUUUUAUACUUCAAUGAUUGAAGAUUAGAAGAAUGUAUUCAAUAUUCUUGGCACUAUAAUUCUAUUCGUGGUCGAUUUGAUGGUCGACUGUAAAGAUUUAAAUUAUUUUUUUAUAGUUAGCAAUAAAUUAUUAUAUUCUUUCUUACUAUGGGUCAAGUGCAAAAGCAAUUUCAAUUAAAUUCUAAUUAUUGAAUGGAGUAAUGGGGAAAAGUAUGAAGUACUAUUUUAUUCAUACGUAAUUAUGUAUACAGAUAGUGAGCAUAGAUAUAUUGUAAUUAAAAAAUUUAAUAAAAUUAUUUCUAAUGAAAGAGAAUUAAAAAAAAAAU